UUAAACAGGUCAAGUCAGUACACUUGUGUGUGUGUAUAUAUAUACUUCUUCGAGUGAUGCCUGGUUAAGUUCAAAGUCUCUCAUCUUAUGAUAAAAUAAAUAUCUUUUUCCACUGCCCCUUUUCGUGUUUUUCUGCUCGGUUGAGUAUUGCCAUAGUUAGAUUGUUGUUGUUCUUGUUUGAUCUUUGCACUUGAUGGGUGAAUCAAAGCAAAUUUAUGAAGCUGUUGGCUUGAAGAAAAGUGAUAACAAUGGGUUGCCACACAUCAAGUGGGCGAUCUUGAAAGGUGGAAGUGAAAGUUCUGAAUCCGAAUCCAUGGAAUCCGAUUCAUUAGACUGGGCUGAAGUUGCAUCGUCAUCAUCAUCUUCAUCGCCUUCACACGGGCCUCUCUAUGAAUUAUCUGACCUCAUGACCUAUCUUCCUAUCAAGAGAGGUCUAUCGAAGUAUUACCAAGGGAAGUCGCAGAGUUUUGCAUCUUUGGCAAGUGUGGAGAAUCUUGAAGACCUUGCAAAGGAAGGGAUUUCUUAUGGUAAAAAGUUGAAAUCAUGUAAAACCUAUGUAGGGAAUCUGAGUGGUCGAAAAUAUGGUCCCAAGGCAAACAUAGCAAAGAAAGAGCUCUUCAAGAGGCAAUUUAAUUAGUUAAUAAUUACACAACUCCUUUUCAGCUCUAAAUAUAAAUUUAUAAUGUUCUAACCACUUGGGGCUGCCUAGAAGUUUAUUGAA